AUGGAGAAUCCCGCGGGAGUGGACCCGCCGGAGGACAAUGCUGCUCGGUGUCCCCAAUACACCAGCAGCGAGGAGGAGCAGAACCGUUCCGCCCCAACCACCGAAGACAGAGUGGCGGGGAAAAGGCCGCUGGUGGCGGAUCCGUCUCCUGCAGAGACGCUGCCUGCGGAGAGCAGCCUGGCGCCGAAGCGCCGUUGCACGGCGUCGGACGUCGACCCUGACCACAUGGCUGGCCAGAGGACGGCCGAGCCCGCGGCUGUCGUUGGAGACGCCGCGCCACAGACCACCGAGGAGCAACCCGCGGCGACCACCGCGGCUGAGAGCACCGAGGAGCAUCCAGCCCCGGUGAGGGACGGAGAGGCUGCGAGGACGCCCGUUAUGGAGGAAGAGGGUAGGGCUCCUACUCCCCCGCCAGCUGAAGAGGGGAGAGUCCCAACCCCGUCCCGAGCAGAGGCCUUAUCGCCGGGAGGCUCCCCUGGCCUGGAUCAGGGUCCAGUAAUGCCUGCGACCACGGCCGGUGGUAGUGCAGAGGGUGCUGAGACCCGGACGACCUCCGACGAUGAAGUGGAGGAGAUCCAAGGCCGUCCCCAAGAUGGCUUGGAGGAGGAGGUUGCGCGCCUCCGGCAGGAAAACGAGAGGCUCGACCAGGAAUGA